GCCGAGUCCCUCCUUCAGUGAUUGGCGGGUAACCUAGCAACGCAGGCACAGCGGAGAGAACUACGCUGAGAAACCUGGGACCCUCGGGACAGACUUAGAAACCUCCGAUAAAGCAUACAGAGUUCUGAAGAAAGCUGUUGCAUGGUUCCCAGACCAGUGGGAUCUUCGAGGCUCAAAGGAAAAAUCCUCCUACUUCAAAGGCAAAACCUCUGCCUAUAACCCAGCAGGGUCGCUGGAGAUAAUAACAGCGGGAGACCCGUGCAGCCUAGCAACAUCUCGAUCUCCCGGGGCACACAGAGGCAAGGCGACGGCUCAGAAAAUGGCUCUAGAUAUCGUCGGUGUGGCCCCUCUCUACCAAGGCCCCGACAUCAACAGAAUGAGGCUGACGGCAGAGCCAUCCCAGAAGCCAGCCUCCCUGCUAAAACCCUUGGUCCCCUCUAAGUCCAAACUCACCACCAUUGAGACCAAGAGGAUCAUGUCCGUCCUGGAUGAGACCAUCCACAAGGUGGAGUUGGUGACCCUGCUGUCCUAUGUGGGGGCCAAUUACGAGACUCUGGAGAGGAUGCUUGGGGGGGACAUCAUAAAGGCCGUGAGAGAGCACGAGGAUCUCUGCCACAGCCUCCUGGACAGCGUCAUUUACCUGCAGGAUAAAGAAAGGCGAUUGCAGGAGGAGGAAGAGUGUGAGGAGGAAGGGUGGUUCAGAGACCGCGUCUUCUCCAUAGAGAGGCAGAAAUCCCACCUCCUGCCCUUGAUGCACCAGAUCAAAGAAUCCACCAAGGACAUCCUGAGACUCUUACUCAAUAACCCACAGGCUGCGAGCCUCGCACAGACGUAUACCCUGAGCAGAAGCGUCGAAGCGCAAAAUUUCAUUGAUUGCCUGAUGGAACUGCGGGGUUUCCUGUUCGAGAAGCUACUCACUAGUCCCGUGGAAGCUAGAGACAAAAGUCAAUUCAUACAGGACAUCGACAGACGGAACAAGAGGAACCAAGAAAUCAUCAACACUCUUGAAGAUGAGUUGGCAGCAAUCACGCAAAACAGGGAAGCAGAGGUGGAGAAAGAGAACUUUGUAAUCCAAGAACUGAAAAACCACCUGCACCAGGUGCUCAGGCUCUCGGAGAACAGCCUCCUUCGCACCAAGCAGGAGGCCGAGAAGCAGCAGAAGGCUGACUUCCGGGCCUCGCAGGCCAGGGUGGCCAAGAUCCAGCAGGAGUUACUGACCCUGAGGUCCCAAUACCACAACCUGGUGGCGGAAAACCGGGAGGCAGAGCAGGCGCUGCGGAAGAAGAAAUAUAAAGUGGAGACGGAAAUCGAGAACUGGAUCCAGAAGUACGAUAUGGAGAUGGGUGAGAAGCAGGAAGAGUACGAGGAGCUUGACGUCAUCCACAAGGAGGAGAAGGUCCAGCUGGAGGAGCUGAAGCAGAAGCACAAUGUACUCGUGGAGGAGUUCUCCCAGAUCCGGGCCGAGCAGGAGGUCAGUGCCAAGAAGAGAAUCGAGGCCGAGCAGGAGAUGCUGCGCAUGGUGCGGGCCGCCACGCUCAUCCAGGCUUUGUGGAAGGGCUACCUGGUCCGCUCCAUGCUCAAGUCCAGGAGGAAGAAGCGAAGCAAGAGCAAAGGGAGGGUCAAGAAGGGCAAGGGCAAGGGCAAGGAGAAGGGCAAGGGCAAGGGCAAGAAAUGA